AUCGCCAUUGACAGGGACAGCUAUUUACCGAUACUUGCGCGCCAGCAUGAAGCCUGACGAGCGUCGCAUCAGACGAUGACGGUGAAGCAACAGGUCCGACUUGGCGCCGGUCGUCUUCGUAUCGCGAUGGACGUGCGUCGUGGUCUUGGGGCCUCGGCGCGUCAUUUUACGGGGAGAGCUCGAUUUAUUUUCUGCGACUUUAUCUUUUUGGCUGUAUUGGCAGACUCUUUUGAUCCUAAAACCCAGUGGUUUUUCUGUCACCUUGGAAAAGAACCACUAAAUCUUGGGGGUGAUAAAGUAUUUAGGUGGUCUAAAACUAAAUGAAUUAUACCAAGUUUCUUCUUCAGUCUUCCACAAAACAACGAAUGUCUUCACUUGCAGCGACCCAAGCCGACGGCUACUACUACCCGGCAGACUGGAGACCCGAGCAUGGCUCGCUCAAUACGUUCCACGGGUCUCACCCAUUGGGUAAGCGCGCCAAGAACCUGGCGAGCGACGGCGUGUUGGUAGUACGCUUUGAGAUGCCCUUCAGUGUCUGGUGUACUCAUUGCGACUCGCACAUCGGACGGGGUGUCCGCUUCAACGCGCGCAAGAAACGAGUGGGUAACUAUUUUUCGUCUGCGGUCUGGGAAUUCCGCAUGAGCUGUGCUAGCUGUAGCGGCGAGAUGGUGAUCAGGACAGACCCCAAGGCACGCGGCUAUGAAAUGGUAAGCGGUGUCAAGCAGAAGGCAGGGACAGUGGACACCGAAGAGAGGCAGACGGAACGCCUGAAUGACCCCAAGCUAGCCGCCAAGCUUCAGGAUGAUCCGUUUCUCAGACUAGAGCACGAGAAUGAGGACAAACGAGCAGCCAAAAAGCGGUCGCGUGGACUCGAGGCCCUCGUGGAGUUGCAGGAUGCUGAGUUCAAAGACGACUAUGCCAGUAACUCGGCGCUUAGAUCACAAUUCAGGAGCAAAAAGAAGCAGCUUAAGAGCAGAGAGCAGGAGGCGAAGAGAUUGGGCCUCGGUAUACCGCUGCUCGACGUGCACCAGGACGACGUGCUAGCUUCGAGAUUAGUCGUGUUCAAGGACAUCACGCAAAAGCGACGAGCACGUUCGAGCCAUCGGCCUACAGAAUCGUCAAAGGCACGCUUCAGCGGCUCGAGAAAGGCUACUACUGCUGCGAGAGUGGACUCGUUUCAGCACUUCGGCGACCCCGUCGGGUCUCAACUGCAGCGACUCAAGGCUGCCAAACGAGCUGGGAAGAAACGGACCGCGACAGCAUCUCGGAAAUGAUCUUAUCGGUCGCAGUUCCUAAUUAUUAAUGCACGUGUACUGGUGACCAACGCUCGAAGGCGACGUUUUACUCAAAAGUGACAAUUUAUCAAAUAUUUUCUCCAUAAAAUAAAGUGUCGUUAAGACUUCACUGCAGCAGAU